AUAAGUUAUCAAAUAUUCAAUUACGAAUUUUAAAAAAACAUAGGGCGCGAUUAUGAUCCAACAAAAUCAAAUUUUUAUAAAUUCGUAUAAUUCGAAUAAAUUCUAUAAUUCUAAGAGAGGCUUCUUAACAUGGUAAAAUCAUCCAAGGUCCCUGGGGAAAAUAUUCCAAUGAAAUAUCGCGAAAUCGUGAAAUUAUGGAGAGGUUAUACCAUAAUGAUUUCUAUAUAUUUUCUAUUGAUUGGGAUACAUCAAAUAAAUUCUCAAUCUGUGAGCAGUUCCGAGUCUUUAAAAGGAACUACAGUUACAGAUGAUAGAUUUAUAUGUGCCAAAGGAUGGUACCUUUUCAAAACAAAAUGUUACAAAUGGCUACAGGUGGCUAUGUCACAACAUUCUGCUCAAUUAACGUGCCAAAGUUUUGGCGCCCAACUUGUCAAAAUCACGGAUAUUGAUGUAAACAAUGUCAUCGGUCAAAAAGCGCAAGAAUAUUUUGGGAAAAAUAACUCUUUGUGGAUGGGUUUAAUCGGCUCCUUGGACAAUUCAAGUUCGAAUUCGUAUUUGACCUACCAUUUUCGAUGGAGUGACGGUGAGCCCAACUCGGAGUAUGCCGGAUUUUGGGGUAUCGGUCAACCAGAGAUUAAAAAUGGUAUUUGCGUGUUUAUAAAGAGCGCGAAUGGCUACUUGUCGAAUAUCAUUGAUUCGUAUCAUGAUUUGCCAGAGGAUGAUAAUUUUGAGUGGUAUAACGGACCUUGUGAUUCAUUGAAACCAUUCGUGUGCCAACUUCCAGCGUGCUUGAACGGACAAUACCAAUGUGCGAAUUCAAAGUGCAUAAAAAUGGCAUGGAAAUGCGACAAAGAAGAUGACUGUGGAGAUAAUUCUGACGAAUCUGAUUGCCCAAAUCAAAACUUUUAUCACUUGGAAGGAACUUCUGGACAAAUUCAAACGCCUGGAUUUCCUGCAAAAUAUCCUCCGAACAUGAUAAGUAGAUGGGUUCUAGAGGCACCUGUGGGAAGCCAAAUUGAAUUACAUUUCACUAACUUUGAAACGGAGCAAGGUUUUGAUAUGGUAGAUAUUCGUGGUGGCGGAAGAUCUAAAUCAAAGAGUAUUUACUUAGCUACUAUUUCAGGAAACGGUAAACAACAUAUUGAUACUCGAAUGACGAGUGAAUUUACCAUUUCAAGCAAAAAUCUAGAGGAUUCAUUUUUGACAAAUUCUCCCUUAACAUUUUUAAGCCCGAAUCAUUUUAUGAUUAUACAAUUUUCUUCGGAUGCGAAUAAUCAAUUCAGAGGAUUUUCUGCCAAAUGGACUGCAAGAAGUGACUUAAAGAACUGUGGGACAGAAUUACGCGUUCAAUCUACCAUACAACCACUAUUUUCUCCGAGCUAUCCUAAAAAUUUUCCUUCUGGAUUGGAGUGCACUUAUAAAUUGAGAGGUGAUCCUGGAUCACUUAUAACUAUCGAGAUAGUCCAAUUGAAUCUGAACCCAGGAGAUUUGCUAAUUAUUAGGGAUAAUUCAAAUUUAACCGAUAAUAUAUUAUACGCUUCACCAAAUAACAAAUAUUUAAAUACCGACAACAAAAACUAUAAUGCCUUGACUGAUUCGAAACCUAUACUUCUCACUUCUAUCAGCGAUUCUAUUAAAAUAUAUUUCUUUAGUGACUUAUUUUCACCAUCAAACGAUAUUUCACAUGGAUAUUCACAUAUUUCAACCAGAAGUUUUUCUAUAAACUAUAAAUUAGGAUGCUCUCACACGUUGAUUUCAAAAUAUGGUUUUCUAAGUUCCCCUGGUUAUGGAAUUUCUAAUUAUCCUACAAAUAUUAGUUGCCGAUGGGAAAUUGUAUCAACCGCAGAUUAUCCAAUCACUUUAAUUUUGCACAAUGCCAACAUAAAUCGUGAUGGAGACUAUUUAGAAAUUAGCAAUGAACUUGAUAAAGAAAUGACUCAGCAUUCUCUAUUUGAUGACAAUGUCCAAGAUUCGAUUCGAAUUACAAAAGAAAUUUUGUCCCCUAAACGAUAUAGGACACGAAGUGGAAAAUUUAUAGUCAAGUUUUUUAGUAACGAAUUUGGAACAGACAGAGGGUGGAAUAUAACAUUUUCGAUAGAUUGUCCUCGAUUAGUUAUCCCCAAACACGUUCAAGUAAUUGAAGAAUCGUUGGGUAACGCCUACGAUGCCUAUAAAAAAUUAAAAUGCCAGCCUAAUUAUGAUUUUUUGACCCCCGCUCAAGUUCCUAUAUUAAUUAAAUGUUUGAAAGGUGGAAAAUGGAGUUUGCCUCAUAUUCCGUCUUGUGGCCCUAAAUACUGCGGUCCUGUGCCACUAAUUGAUAAUGGAUACGUAGUACAAGCCGACAAGGUGACUUAUGGUGGUAUAGCUAUAUAUGAAUGUUACUCUGGUUUUCAUUUUCCUAACAAAGUUCCUCGACAAAUAAUAACUUGCUUAGAUGCUGGGUGGAGCGAGUUACCAAAUUGUUCAUCUACCACCUGUUCAGCCUUUUCGAAACUACUUAACGGGGAUAUAAAUAUAGUUCUUGGGGAUGGUACUACUUAUGGAACAUUAUUAAGCUUUAAUUGCAAUCCCGGUUAUAAACUUCUAGGACCUCCUGUUACCCUUUGUUCCUCUAAUGGUACCUGGUCUGAUUCUCCACCUAUUUGUGAAGCUGUAAAGUGUUCUCAAUUACCCGAUAUUACCAAUGGAUAUUAUACAAGAUCAAAUCCUAAAUGGGUAGAGUUUAACAAAACAUUGGAUAUUACAUGCCACAAAGGGUACAUUGUAAAAAAUGAUAUAAAAACAAUCAAAUGUCUAUCAAACGGCUUACUAUCCGAAAUCCCAAUGUGCAUGGACAUUGAUGAGUGUUCAAACCCGAUAACUAAAGAUACAUGUUCCAUUGGAUCACAGUGUUCAAACAAAAAUGGAGGUUUUAUAUGCGAAUGCCUUUCUGGGUACAAACACAAUUUGGAUUGUUCGAGCAAUCUUUAUCCACUAGGUUUUGAAAAUGGUAAAAUUGAGGAUUUUCAAAUUAUUUCUUCUAAUGAAAACAUUAAUAAAUCUUCAAUACGUUUCAAUUCUGCUGUUGGUUGGUGUGGAACAUCUAAUAAAUCCUUAGAAAACUGGAUUAAGAUAGAUAUGGUGGUUCCAACGAUUAUUAAUAAACUUAAUCUUCAAAAUGGACCAAGACAAGAUGGAACCAAGGGUUUUAGCAAAUAUUUAAGAAUCAAAUAUUCUAUCAAUAAAGAUGAGGAUCCUUUGGACUUACUAAACGAGGAAGGCGAACCAUGGAAAAUACGAGGGAUUUCAAUCAUGGAUCAAUCUCAGGAUUCAUGGGUCAAUUUUCCAUAUCCAGUCAAAGCUCGUUACUUAUACAUUUUAAUUGAGGAUUAUGAAUAUGCUCCAUGUCUACGUUUAGAAUUGUAUGGGUGUCAAAUAACAUCCUGCAUAGAUAUUGAUGAAUGUACGGAAGAUCCUGAAUUAUGUAAUCCUAUUUGCAGAAAUCUACCCGGAAGCUACAAAUGCGGUUGUCUGCCAGGGUACGUUCUAUUUUCGUCAAAUGGCACAAUGAGAAACUAUUUGGCUAAAGGAGAAAGUGGAUUGGAUAAACAUGAUACCAUGCGCAUAAAUCAUACAUGUCUAAGAGUACUAUGCCCUACUGUAAAUAGUCCUGAAAACGGUAUGAUAAUAACGAAUGUUACCAACGACCUUUAUUAUUAUACGGAGUCAAUCGAGUUUCAAUGCAAUUUAGGUUUCAAACUUGUUGGAGAGAGAUUUAUUAAAUGCAUGAUGAAUGGUGAAUGGGAUCAUUCUGUACCAGUUUGUGAAGCCGUAAAAUGCAAAGGUUUGAAAGCGGAUAUCUUAUUUGAUGGAAUUAUUGUUAUGCCUGAUUCUAUCGAUAUUGAUUACGGGCAAAAUGUGUCAAUAAAAUGCAUUUCCCAAAAUGAUUUUGAUGAUGUUAACUCCAUAGAAUCGAUUAGAACAAAUAGAAAAAGUUUAGGAACUGCAUUUAGCCAUUUUCGACAAUGCGUUUUUGAUCCCAUAAUGUCAUCUAUCUCACAAAUUGGUUCAUAUAAAACAUCUUCUUCAAAUUUCAGUUUCAAACCUGGCUUACUCUCUAAUGCCAUCAACGAUGAUAAUAUAAAUUUUAAAAGUAUUUAUUGGCUUUCAGGAAGUGCUCCAAAAUGCCCACUGGUUGAUUGUGGACGCCCUUAUUCAAUAGCUGGGGCAGAAUAUGUAUUUGGUGAAUCAUUUACAACACUCGUAGGAUCGAACUUUAAACUUGUUUGCAAACCACCUUAUCAAGUUGCUGGUAGUGGUAAGUUAGGAACAAAUCAAGUAUAUUGCGAUGAUAAUGGUUCUUGGAAUUUUGGAUCUCUACUAUGCAUUGGGCCAGUAUGUAGGGAUCCUGGUACCCCUGCAGGUUCCUUUCAAAUAGCUCGUUCAUACGAAGAAGGACGCACUGUCAAUUACACAUGCAAUCGCAAAGGAUUUAUUCCUGAAUUUAAUUUGCAAUCGCUUAAAUGCUCAAUUAACAAUGUGUGUCCUUACAUGACUGAUCUGGGAUUGACGUCAAAUGUAAUACCCGAUUCAGCUAUAUUAGUAUCAUCUUCUCUUCCGGGCUAUUCCUCUAACUAUAUAAGAUUUAAUUCUCCAAAAGCAUGGUGUGGAAAUGAUUAUUCACCUUCCAUCAGAAUAGAUCUUGUUGAUUCGCAUGAAGAACCUGUUAUAAUUACUGCAAUUCGAGCAAAGGGAUAUAUUGAUAGUAGUGUUAUGGGACAAAUAUCGAGUUUUAGACUUAAUUAUUCAAUUAAUUUAGGAAUGUAUUCAUUAAAUCGCAGUUUACCGGAAAGUGAAGGAGCUGGUAGCUCACAAAUUUAUAAAUCCUACCCUGAAACAUUUUCCUUGCUUGAAAAUCCCAUCGCCCUGCCCCAAACUUUUAUAUUAGCAAAGGCUAUUAUGGCUAGAUCUAUAGUGAUAGAAACUCUAGAUUUUAGAGAAUUACCUUGUUUAAAAUUAGAGAUAUUAGGUUGUUACGAAAGAGAUAUAAAUAUACCGAUAUCGAAUGGAAAUACAAUAGUAGGUUGGAAUAAACCGGCACCUCUAUGCUUUGAUAUUGAACCACCUACCUUCAUUAAUUGCCCAAAAAAUCCAAUUUAUGUACCGGAUUUAAGAGCUGGUUCUAAAAUGCGUAAAAUAAACUUCUCUAAACCUAGAGCUAUUGAUAAUUUUGGAAUAGUUGGAUAUUUGGAAUCCCCUCCAUUUAUUGAAUCUCCAUUUUUCAUGAAUCAGCCUAAAAUGGAUAUUACGUAUACAGCUUUUGAUCCCACCGGAAAUCAAGCAACAUGCAUAGUUCACUUUAUAAUUAAAGAUGAUGUUCCCCCCACUCUAGUCUGUCCUUUGUCAUAUACUCGAGAAUUUGAAAAUGAAAUUGACUCAUUAAAUUUAACUUUCACAUCGGACAAAUUUGGCGUGGGCGAUGAGUAUUUACAUUUCAAUGACUCCAGUGAUAACAAUAAAUUGAAAGUUGUGUUUGAUCCCCCAUCAGCUGUAAUCCCUGCAAAAAGGUUUCAAACUGUUAAAAUAACUGCAAGUGAUCAAUUCAAUAACAUCGCAACAUGCCAAUAUCACGUUUCAAUUCAAGCUCAAAAAUGUUCUUUUUGGUCUUUGCCAAAUAUUGCCAACGGCGAAAAAAAAUGCGAAUUAUUAGGCGCGGAAACAAGAUGCGUUUUCAAAUGUUUUGAUGGGUAUAGAUUUGCAGAUGAAGAUAUACCUCAAAAAGUUUACCGCUGUAAUCUCGCAAAUGAUUGGAUCCCGGGGUUUCAUGUUGCUGAUUGUGUUAAACCAGAUCAUGCUUUAGCAAAAUAUCACAUAGUCAUGAAUAUGAUCUACACACCUUUGGAUUCCACUCUCACUAUAGAUAAAGACUGUGUUACCGAUUAUUCCACCGCCAUUCAUUCACAAUUCGAAAGUGUCGCUACAGAUUUAACAGAUCUGUGCUCUUUGGGCAGCCUGAAAGUGAAGGCUAUAUUCUCCAAUUUAUCAUUUGCUAUCAUCGAUUCCACUACAAUAUCGGCAAAAUUUGUUAUAAACCUUCAAGCGGGUAAUGAUGUAUUCGUUUUAUUGAGUCGAUGUUCCUCCACUGUUUCUUUAUUAACAAAUUUGUAUCAAGCUCCAGUCUCCAAACUAAUGAAAAUAACAGACACAAUGUUAUCUGAUAAUUGUCCACCUAUCGAAAUGAAAAAAAUGACAGACAUUUCACCAAGAGUCCAUGAUUUGUUGAAUUGUCCAAGAGGGAAAAUUAUAAUGUUUCGAGAUUCCCUUCCAUUCUGCCUACCAUGUUCACCUGGAACCUAUGAAAUAAACAACAACACGUGCAAACCAUGUCCUCUAGGGUAUUAUCAAGAAACUUUUGCCUCAUCGCAAUGUAUAAAGUGUCCUCUAUUAACUUAUACACUGCAUAUUAUGACAAAAUCAAGACUGGAUUGCUUACCUGUAUGUGGAAAUGGAACUUUUUCCCCUAGUGGUUUAGUACCUUGUCAACACUGUCCUCACAAUACAUAUUCCGGUUUAUCGACCUUUAACGGUAUCAAAGGGUGCCUUAGUUGCUCAGAUGGUCUUUUCACUGAACAUCCAGGAUCUAUAUUAGAAAGCGAUUGUAAAAAAUCUUGUCAACCAGGGUACUUUUCUCCUACUGGCUUAGAGAUAUGCAUGGCAUGUCCUAAAAACUAUUAUCAAGAUAAAUCUGGUCAAAUUUACUGCCAUGAAUGUCCGGAAGAUUCCUUUACUAAAGGAAAUGGUUCCAUUUCUAUGAAUAAUUGUGAAAAAGUCAUUUGUACGGAUCUUUGCCAAAAUGGUGGAUUAUGUAAAGUACUAUAUCACAAGGAAGUGUGCGUGUGCCCCUCGGGUUAUACUGGAGCUUUAUGUAAGACGAAUAUAGAUGAAUGCGAGACGGGACCAUGUUUUAAUGGUGGCACAUGUCAAGAUGGAAGUAACGGGUAUUCUUGCACCUGUCCCAGAGCAUAUAGUGGAUAUCGAUGUGAAAUACCUCCGAAUAUGUGCGAAAAUAAUUCAUGCCACGCCUCAUCCAUGUGUCAAAAUUCAGAUCCCUAUCAUUGUCUCUGUAGAAAGGGAUUUACUGGCAAAUAUUGCAAUGAAACUAUAAAUUCAUGUGGUUCCGAUCAUCAGAACCCUUGUUUAAAUGGAGCAAUAUGCGAAGCAGCUCCUCUAGAUCGCUUCACGUGUAAAUGCACUCCAGGUUGGACAGGACGGUAUUGUCAAAUUAAUAUCGAUGAUUGCUCGGAAGAACCAUGUUUGUUAGGAGCUCCGUGCACAGAUCUGCACAUGGACUAUGAAUGUGCUUGUCCAAUGGGAUUUAAAGGCAAGAGAUGUGAAAUAAAAGAGAAUUUAUGCGACCCUAACCCUUGCCAUAAUGGAACUUGCGUAGAUAGAUUGCUUUACAAGGAGUGCGUAUGUCUCUACGGCUAUGCGGGUGAUAACUGCGAAAUCAAUAUCGACGAAUGUUCACCAAAUCCAUGCAAGAAUAGCGGCUCAUGUAUAGAUAUGAUCGACAACUAUGAAUGUAUAUGCCCACCUGGAUUUACGGGAUUUGAAUGCCAACAUAAUAUUAAUGAUUGUGCUCAUAAUCCAUGUCUUAAUAAUGGUAUUUGUCAUGAUGGAAAUGAUACAUAUUCAUGUGAAUGCGAUGUAGGAACUCAAGGUAAAACAUGUGAAAUAGAUGUAGAUGAAUGUCUUAAUAAUCCUUGCGAUCCUAUAGGAUCUAUCGAGUGUAGGGAUCUAUUAGGAGAUUAUAAAUGCAAAUGUAAACCUGGAUUUAUUGGAACAAACUGUGAGAUUAAUGUAGAUGAUUGUGUCAUGGAUCCAUGUUUGAAUGGUGGAACCUGUUUGGAUAAGAUUGCGGACUAUCAAUGUAAAUGCCAGUCCGGAUGGAAAGGAAAAAACUGUGAAAUUAUUGUUGAUUCUUGCGAAAAUUCGGAUUGCAGAAAUGGCGGAAAAUGUUUCAAUAUAUUUAAGGACUAUUUUUGCUCGUGUGAACCAGGGUAUAGUGGUAAACGAUGUACAGGAUCUCCUGAUUUGUGUGCUGGUAUUCCAUGCUUAAACGGAGGAACAUGCGUUGUUGAAAAUGGAAAUAUGAAAUGUUUAUGCCCCACAAGCUUUUACGGUAAUGGUUGCGAAAAGUUAAAAAAUCCUUGCGAUGAUUCACCUUGCAAAAAUGGAGGUGUUUGCAAAGAAGUGGUUUUAUCUUCAGAUUCGCCGUUUUACGUUAGCCAAAAUGAACCUUCAUCUUUUAAAUGUGAAUGUCCAUUAGGGUUCGAAGGUCAAAGAUGUACUAUUAAUAUAGAUGAUUGCCGAAACACAGAAGGUAACAAUAAUAAAUGCCCUGAUUUUGCUAAAUGUAUAGACGGGAUCAAUUCUUUUACCUGCCAAUGCCCAUUUAAUACAACGGGUCCUAAGUGCGAUAAAGAAGUAGAUGUGUUAUGGGAUUUAUACAUCAAUGGGAAAAACAGAAAAUCUGGUGCAUAUUUACAAAGCCCUCUCAAUCUUAGAACCCACAGUAUAACAAUAGGGUUAUGGGUAAGAUAUUUGGAUUACAAGGACAAAGGAAACAUCUUAACCUUAUGGGAAAUGGAAUCCGACAGGGCUAUAAAUCCCGUCAGAGAAUUAUUGAAGAUAGAUUACAUUGGUGUGCAUAUCAAUAUCUUUAAAAAUGACCCACACAAAGUUAUAUUUUUCGGUUCGUCAGAUCCUAAUGCUGCCAAGACUAUUAACGAUGGUCUGUGGCAUCAUUUAAUGAUAACUCUCUCUUCCAAUGAAAAUUCCUUUGAUAUUAUAUUAGACGGAGUACGAAUAACGAAUGUGGAUGAACUAGUAGAGGAGACUUAUAAAAGAAAAAACAGACGAAGAAAGAAUAACAAAUUUCCCGAGUAUCUAUCCAUCACCUUGGGAGAUAUUGUGUGGGGAGAUUUGAAGCAGACAAGUAUUUAUAAACCAGAUCUCGAUACGUUAACAUCAAUAGAUAAUACCGCAAAAGGAUUUCCUUUAAACACUCAAUUUAGGGGUUACGUAAGCAGGGUCAAUUUGUGGGACAGAAUAUUGAGUUAUGAGGCUGAAAUACCUUUGCAAAGCGUUAAUUGUGCAAAAGCUCCAAUAGUUUACGAUGGUUUAUUAGCCAGAUGGUCAGAUUAUCAUAUGGUUGGUGACACUGAAAGGAUACCUUCAAGCUGCGGAAAUUCUUUGUGUGAAGAAGGUCGAAAUGAUCCUUCGAUAUGUGACCCUCUUAAACUUGACAAAAACUCUCCUAGGAUUGCUAAUUGUCCUUCUGAAAUAACUAUUUCUACUGAAAAGAGGGGAAUUUUAGUAAAUUGGUCAACUAUAGUAUUGAAAGACAACAAAAAAAUUGUUAACAUUGAAUCUUCUCAUGAAUCUGGUUCUUAUUUUGCUUUGGGAAAACAUAUGGUAUCCAUAAUAGCUAAGGACUCAUCUGGAAAUAUGGAUUUAUGCAAUUUUAAUAUAUUUGUCAAUCAAAAAACACGGGAUUGUAAUACUAGGAUGCAAUCAUUAAUAGCUUCAGUUAAGAAACUGGGACUUGCAGAUACGAAACAGCUAAAAAUUGAAUGUGGUAAUUGGGGGUCUGGCUCGAAUUUUGGAUUCUGUAGCAUAAGUUGUGAGCAUGAAUACAAUAGUAGCUUUUCCAUACCAGUUCCUAAAUUCUAUACAUGUGGACAAGAAGGUAUUUGGAGGCCUAACUUAGAUGAAGAUAACCCUUCUUUCCCACAAUGCUCAGGAAUGAGGCGUGCUGAAAAGACUGUUGAAAUGUCAGCCUUAUUCAAAACAAAGGGACCCUGUAAUUCGGCUGGAAAAAUAGAGUUGGAAAGACGCAUAAGAAAAGAAUUGGACAUUUUGAAUAUCUACUGGGAAAUGAUGUGUGAUGUACCUAAAAAUUCUAUUGAUAAUCAGUGCAAUCAAAAUAUCGAAAUUGAGAUAUUAUGUCAAAACGAACAUUCCAAGUUUAAAAAAAGGUCUACAGAAAAUGACCAUGAUUUAUUUUUCACUGAAAAAGACCCUACCGAUUUAUCAGAUAAAAAAAACCUUAUUGUCUUAAGUGACUUCGUUGACACUCAAAGUUCUCUAAUAGAUACAAAUUCGAAAGUUGAUAUUAAUCAACUGAACAAAGGAAAUUAUUAUAUAGCUGAUUUUCAAUUCAUUUCUAUCAACGACCCAUUGAAGAAUAGAUUAGAGGGUAGAUUUUCCCCUUUAAAAGAUGUAUUGAUGGACCAUUUUUAUUUAUCGAAAGGAUUUGAUUUUGAGAAUAGCCUACCUGGUGUUAGUGUCAUGAAAGACAAAAUUAAGGUUAAUAUCAAGCCAUUAUGUUUUUCUAAAGGUCAAAUCUUACUAGGAGAUAAUUGCGUAAAUUGUUCGAUGGGAAGCUCUUUUGACCCAAACAUUAAAAAAUGUAUAUUAUGCCCUAAGGAUUCUUAUCAAGAUAUCGAAGGAAGUGUGAAUUUUUGUAAACCUUGUCCUUUAAUAAAUAACAAACCUAGCAAAACAGCGAUAAUGGGAGCAAUAUCUAUUACAGAUUGCAAAGAAUCGUGCCCUCCGGGAAAAUAUUACGGUGGUGAUACUCAAACAUGUCAUGAUUGUGGAUACGGAUUUUAUCAACCAGAUUGGGGGAUGUUUGACUGCAUUUCGUGUCCUGUCAACUCUUAUAUUCCAAUUAAAUUAGUUAUGGAAGGAAGAAUAAACAAUAAUCUAGAACCUUUGAUAUCACAUGUUCAUAAAUAUGAUAAUCAAGCUUAUGCCCUAGCAACUACUACUGUUUUAACUAAUUCCACAUCUUUAUCACAAUGUCUAGAGGAAUGUGAAUCAGGUAUGGAAUACAGCAUAAAUGGAAUUUGUCAAAAGUGUGUGAAAGGUAGAUAUAGAACAUAUGUGGUUCACGAUAGAUGUCUCCCUUGUCCUUCAGGAUUUACAACAACAUAUGAAGGCUCUAGAAAAAUUCAGGAGUGUAUAAUACCAAUAUGCACCUCUGGAUCAUAUUUAAAUGAUUCAAACAUUUGUAAAAUAUGUCCGAUUGGAACAUAUCAGCCUUCUAUCCAGAUGGAGACUUGUAUUAGUUGCCCCGAGGACUUUACAACACUAAAAGAGGGUUCAACUCAUUUUAAUGAUUGUAUAUCGACAAAUGAAUGCGAAACAGGUGAGGCAAAAUGUGUAGCUAAUGCGACUUGUAUAAACACUAAAGCUGGAUACACUUGUAUAUGCUAUGAAGGUUUUGUUGGUGAUGGCUUUAUCGGGUGUAACGAUACUAAUGAAUGUCGUUUAGGAAAUCAUACAUGCCAUGAAUUUGCUGAUUGUAGCGACACAUUUGAUUCCUACCAAUGCCAAUGCAAAAUAGGAUAUUUAGGAGAUGGACACUUUUGUAAAGAUUCUUGUGAUAAUUUUUGUCUUAACAAUGGGAUUUGCAAAAAAAAUGAGUUCAAUAUACAGUAUUGCGAUUGUUCCGAAAGCUUUUCUGGAUUAAUAUGCGCAGAUAGAAAUCGCACUCGAGAAUUGAAAUUUAUAGUUGGAGGUAUAUCUGGUUCAGUGAUAUUCUUGGUGUUAAUAGUGUUUAUUUUAUGGAUGAUAUGCGUAAAAAAUAGUGCAAAAUCCUCUAAGAAAAGACGACAUAAUAAUUUCAAAGGUGUUUCUCAUCCUGAUAUGUAUAUAAACGAAGAUAAUGUGUAUGCAAAUAAUGGAAAAAAAUCAAAAAAAAAAUCAAAAAAAACUCAAAAUAUAUAUGAAGACAAAGGCAAUCAUUAUCCUAAAGAGCAAAUGAUGAUCGUACCGGUUUCCCAUCCAAUGCUCAUGAGUUCUCUUCCCAUACUCGACAACAAUUAUCAAGGCGAUAUAACUGAAGGCUUAGUGCAUAUGAAUAAUACUUUCAGGAGGAGGCCUCCCCAUCUUAACCAACAUCAGUUAAUGGAUGUUGAUCAUCUUAAUAGCAGUAUUAAACAGCCAGACAUUAAUGCUCUAGCUUCUAAAGACGAUAAUUUUUUAAUCGCUCCUAUUCCCCCUACUCUUAACAAUAAUGGGGCGAUCCCAAGACUUAGUCCUUUAGAAGGUGGACCAACCCAUCAUCUUCCUUAUUACAUAACCUACCCAGCUUCAACACGUGGAAUAUACGAUUAUGGCUCUGCGCAGAAUCCUAAUGGUACUCUAAAUCACAGGGUUGAAGAUGAUAAUUUUUAUGAUAUAUACACCUAUCAGAAUCAUGCUUACAAUCCUGGUCCAGAAGACAUCAAAUUUGAUAACAUGACUUCGUUUUCCAAUAAAAAUAUGGAAGAAGCCACCAAAUACGGUAGAGUUAUGCCUCCGCCUAAUAUCACAAACACGAAUCUUAAUAAUAUCGAUAAUGAUACUAACUCCCAUACUAAAAAAAUAAACACGAAAAAUACAAUCAUUAACCAUACCGAUGCUCGCUUAUAACUAACGCACAUCAAACAAAUUAAAGCUUUUGUCUAAACUCAAAUAAUAUAUUCCAUAAUAAUAUGAUGCGUAUAUAUUCUCUCAUUUAUUUCUAAUCUAUAAAAUAGCUUAUACAUUU